AUGGGAGGCUUUGAGGGUCAUCUGUACCCAGGACUUUCUCUCUUCUUCUAUGGGCUUUAUCAUGCACGACUCGUUUUCAGGGCCUUGAUAUGCAACUGCCCCAUUCAGUAUGUGCCACGCCGUCCCUGGAACAAAGGAAGAUGGGCCAGGCUGCAGCAAAUAUACUAUGUUGGAUUGGUGAAGAUACUGAGCGCCUGCAUUUUAGUAGCCCAAGAGCUGCACUGCAUUCCUGGGCAUUUUGUGCUCAUCACCAAGAUGUAUUAUCAGAAAAACUUUCUGUACCACAAGCAGUGGCAGCAUCUCACUAUGUAUAUGACCUUCUUCCUGAGCGGGUGUGUGGACGUGGUGAGCCAGAACCUGCUGUCGCAGAGGUGCGCCGCUCUGGAGCAAGGGGCCCAAGCUCUGGGAGUGCUGCUACUUCUGCUCCUGAUGGUGUCUCAUACGCAGGACACAGAAGGAGUGGAGCUGCAAUCUCACGCCCUGCUCAUCCAGGCCAUCUUCCUGCUGAUGCUCGUGGUCAUUGCAGAGCUGUGGGCUCCCAACAUGCCGCAGCUCUGGCUGAUGAAGGCCUUUUUGUAUAUGGUGAUUGGCUCUUGGCUGAUGCAGGUAGGCUUUAUGCUGUACAAACCAAUCUCGGGCUAUAAAUGGAUGGACGAGGACAAGAAUGACAUUAUAUUUGUCACCACCUUCUUCUGCUGGCAUGUGGUGUUCAUUGCCAUGAUCACGAUCUGGGUCUAUGGCUUCUCCUUUUGGUGGUAUCGUUGCGUGUGUUGAUGUCUGAACCUAGGCGAGCCCAGUAUGGUUCCCGUCACCUGCACAUUCUGGAGCACGUGGUUGAGAAAUUGGAGGGAAGUGGAGCCGUCAGAAAGGAGGGCCAGGCGUUCUUCUCCGUACCUGAUGCAGCGGACCCUGCAGCACGCCCACCUCUCCCCUCCGGCUUCUCUCAGUCUCAUCUGAGCAGUGUGCUGAGGAAAGAUGAAUGACACUCAAGAGGCAUGUGACUAUGACCAUCAUCACCCUCAGCUCCCCAAAGGCUUCCCCUACCUCCCCUCACGCUGCUCAACGCCAGCCAAGGCAGCCUGCUCACCUGCCCCUUCCUGUACUCACUUCCCUCCAGGAGAAUGUAAAAAUGGAUGUGCUAAGUCCUGCCUUUGGGUCUCCAAAAAACCCGCACCCACCACACAGCCUACCAACCAGUCUCAUUUAGCACACCGUAACAAUUUACAUACAUCAUGAUGACCUCCUCAGCCUGUCUCUCUCUGGACCUCU